CUGAUACUUAGCGACUAAUCUUUUCCAUGUCUCUUUACAUCCAGGCGUUCAUUGCUGUACCAAAAGCACCGGAAGAUGAACAAUUUUCCUGGUUUUAGAUUGCACGUAUUCACGGUUAGAUUGGAAUCCAACAGCUCCACAAAUUGUCUAUUGUAGCCACGACGAAGUACUGUUCCCAAUCUGGCAUCUUCCAUAUCCAGUCUUUUACGAGCAAGUUCUAGUUAGUCAUGUUCAAGUAAUUACCGCUAAAUAUAACGAUGCCACUUACACUACCGGCGCCAAGAAUUUCCGUAUUCCAUAUUGGGACUGGUCCGCUGUUCCUGUCCUUUAUCCGUUGUCGGUGACGCCACAAUCCAAAUCACUAUAGCUUCUGUUACUCAAAAUGUUACCAACCCUCUCCCCCUUUACGAAUUUCAGCAGUCUCCCUUGAACGGAACUUCAUUUCCUACGACGGGCACCAGCGCAGCGGAUCGAGACUUGGCUCAAGAUCCUACCACGUUGAGGGUCCCUCCGUGGAGAACACUCAUGGAGCUGUACAUGUUGCUAUUGAAGUUACGUACGGACACAUGAGUCAGUUGAGUUAUUCUGCCUCUGAUCAAUAUUUGGCUUCACCACGCAAAUGUGGACCAUCUUUCUGCAAUGUGGCAAGCAAGCUAUCCAGAUGUGCAGAUGCUUCUAACCUCUGAUCAGAUCGAUACUUUUAUUAUCGCCAUAGGUACCAGCGAUAUCUCAGCAUCACCUUUGACCCUAUUCUAUCGACCUGAUGGAGAGACACCUUGGACAUCGGAUGCUGCUCGCCCACCACUUUCGAAUACUCGUAUCCUUCGGUUCCAGAUGCGAUCAUCACAAACGCGAGUGACCUUUCCGCCAAUGUUACUGCAACCCCCAAUGCCUUAUACGACCCUCGGGAGAGUUUGGCAGCUCAAAGAAGAAGAGAUGAGAAGAGAGAGUGGUCGGUGGCUAUUCAGGUAUUGGCUACAGCACAUGGCGAGAGAUUCCAUGUCAGGUUGUGUACCAAAGGCGCUCCUGUAGCUUCUUUUCGUGUUUUGCCGCCCUCUGUUUCGGAUGGGAAAAUCCCACCAAGUUUGACGUACCACAACGAAUUCACUUUAGCAGAUGCUAUUAAGGCCGUCGUACCACUAAAAUUGAGGACGUAGCUGACUAUUUGAAGACUAAUCUACGGUGGACUGUUGAAAAGAGGAAUGGGGCGGUGGUACCCACGGAACUGGUCUCAGGCUUGAUUAUCACCGUUCAAGACGAGAUUUUUACCCACCCAACAGACGACACGCAACUGCCUGGUAGGUUAUAGUACGUGAUCUUGACCUGUUACUAACGAGCAAAUUGCUAGCCUAUGGAACAAAGACUCUCCACCCUGAGAUAACUAG